AUGGUCCGCAUGCAGGUCCGAGCCGAUACGAGACCGCUUGCUCAAUCCACGCCGUAUGUUGGAGGCAGGAAGGGCGACAACUACCGCUUCACAGUCCUCGCAGACGGCGUGCUGAGAUAUGAAUGGGCGCCCGAUGGCAAGUUUGAAGACCGCCCGUCGGCGUUUGCUGUUCACAGAGAACCUCAGGGCCUGCUCUACUACAGAGUACGAGAGUCGGCCAGUCGGCUCGAAGUCAUCACCUCUCGCUUCCACAUGACGUACAACAAGCAGGAAUUCACGCCUUAUGGCUUCUUCGCCGUCGUCCCUGGAUACGCGGCUCACACCUGGCGCUAUGGGGAACCAGGCCAGAAUCUCGGAGGAACGUGCAGGACCCUCGAUGGUGCGGACGGCCGCAUUGCUGUCGGCCCUGGGGUUGCGUCCCGUGACGGGUUCGCCAGCAUCGACGAUUCUCGCUCGAUGCUCUUCACCGAGGCUGGCUUCGUGGCUCCGCGGCAAGCCGGAAGGGACCGUGUGGACGGCUACCUCUUCUGUUACGGCCGCGACUAUCGUGAAGCCGUGAGGGCUCUUUACAGAAUAUCUGGCCCGCAACCCGUCCUGCCACGAUGGACGCUGGGGAACUGGUGGAGCAGAUACUACGAGUACACUGCCGAGUCGUACUUGGAACUCGUGGACAUGUUCAAGAGGAUUCGCGUUCCACUCGCGGUCGGCGUAAUCGACAUGGACUGGCACAUUGUCAAAGGCCCUGAGGUUGCUGCCGCCGGCGCAACGGGAUGGACCGGAUAUACCUGGAACAGGAAUCUGUUUCCGGAUCCAAAGGCCUUUAUCCAGGCCCUUCACGACCGGAAACUCAGGACAGCACUCAACGAGCAUCCGGCCGAGGGCAUCGCCAACUACGAAGACAUGUACGCGUCCGUGGCCCAGGCCCUCAACUUCGACACCUCGAACAAGGAGACAAUUCCGUUUGAUUGCGCGGACCCCAGAUUCCUCAAGGCUUAUUUUGACAUUCUCAUCAAGCAUCUGGAAGACGACGGCCCUGACUUCUGGUGGAUCGAUUGGCAGCAGGGUCCGUAUUCUCGAUUGCGAGACCUCGAUCCGGUGUGGCUCCUGAAUCACUUCCACUUCCUGCACAACCAGCGACUCCAGGCGGAGAGAGAGCCAAGCGAGCGCCCCAUCAUACUCUCGAGGUACGCAGGUCCCGGAAGCCAGAGAUACCCGAUUGGCUUCUCGGGAGACACCAUCGUGUCAUGGGACUCGCUGGCCUUCCAGCCCGAGUUCACAGCAACGGCGAGCAACAUCGGCUACGGCUGGUGGAGCCACGACAUUGGCGGCCACAUGGCCGGCGUUCGGGACGACGACCUCACGUCGCGCUGGGUGCAGCUUGGCGUCUUCUCCCCCAUCAUGAGACUGCAUUCCACCAAGACGCGGUGGGUGUGCAAGGAGCCGUGGAAGCUGCCCGCCGGCUCCGGACAAGGUCCUCGGGAAGUCGUCACCAAGCUCAUGCGUCUGCGGCACCGGCUGGUUCCUUACCUGCACACCAUGAAUGCUCGCGCCGCCGAGGAGGGCUGUCCGCUGGUUCAGCCCAUGUACUGGGAGUACCCGGACAGGGAGGAGGCAUACAGAGUGCCCAACCAGUACUACUUUGGCACGGAAAUGAUGGUUGCGCCCAUCACGACGCCGCAGAACGCGGCCACAAAGACUGGCAAGGUUGAGGCGUGGCUGCCGCCGGGCCGACACAUCGACUUCUUCACGGGCGUCGUCUACGACGGCGACAGGUCCCUGUGGCUGAAUCGCACUCUGGACAACAUACCCGUCUUGCUGAAAGAGGGUGCAAUCGUGCCCCUCGACGCGAGCCUAGAGCCCGAGAAUGGCUGCGGCAACCCCGCCGGCUUCGAGGUUGUGGUCGUGGUCGGAGCUGACGGCCGUUUCGAGCUCUUGGAAGAGGACGACGACGAGCACGCCGAGGCCAGGUCCGACGAGCCGAUCUCUUGGCGCAGGACGCCCAUCUCCUUCACCCAGUCAACGGGGACAAUAACAAUUCAUCCCUCCGGGGAGGGCAGGGCCCCGAGACCUCGGGACUGGAGCAUCCGGCUGCUGGGGUAUACGCCCGCCCAGUCCCCAGACGUCCUCGUGAACCAGGCGCCCGUCAGGGCGGACAUGUCGCGGGCGGACGGGGCGUCAGGACUGCUGAUCCGAGUGGGCGAGGUUCCUCCCGGCGGGAGCGCCAUUGUCAAGUUCGGCCCCGAGGUUCGCCUGUCGACCAACGACCCUCUGGCGCUGGCGGACCCCGUCGUGUUUGCCGCCCAGAUUCCGUACGAGACCAAGAAGGCAGUGGAUCGCAUUUUGGGACGCGAGGGCGUGACCGCCGCGGUGCGUGCCUCCGAGGUGGACGCGACCGACAUGGACCCCGACUUGCGACUCGUGUUGAAGGAAUACCUGUUGGCUGACGGUCGGGUGUGA